AUGGUCGAGGCUUUGGGUGCUGAAGAUGUGGAGAUGGGUUUCCUGAGACCUGGGCGGUAUAUUGACCGCGAUGCUCCGAAGCGAAUCUCGGCUCUGGGCAAGUUUGGCUGUGCUGCCGCUUUGUAUUUCUCACUGGGCCUUGCGGCCGCCUUUCAAGAAGGCCGGGCAAUCAUCCUGGAGAGUGAGAAGGGUGCCAAGCCGUGGGAACGUCAUUUUCUCACGGCGAUCUCUGAUGCCACGAGCUUUCAAAUCGCAGCAGAAUAUUACAUGAAACUGGAUCCAGAUGCAAAGCAGGAAUUCUUCCAUCUGGCCUGUGGGCAGAAACCUGAGUAUGCGGAGCUUCCUGGAAAGGAGUGCGUGCACAUCUCACAAACUACAGUCAACACUCAGAAAGAAUGCGCGGCAACGGCAGCUUUUCGGGGCUUCAAUCGUCUCGCUCGAGGGUACUUAUGGAUUUCUCCUGAUUGGCUGGAUUUGUUCACUUUCCAGCUUGUGAACACCAAUGGCAAGCUCGAUUGCAUCUACAAGGACAAGUUGAAGCCAUUGAUUGACAGCGCCAAUGCCGGACAUGUUCUCAGCAUUUUCUCCUACUCGGGAGAGGGCGCGUGUGUGGACCAUGUCGAUCGCGGAUUGCUUACGUUGGUAACAAACCACGAUGGUGCUCUGCAGGUCUUACUGCGAGGGAAGUGGGUUGAUGUGCCGAGGACAAAUGGUCUCGUGGCAUUUGCCGGGAAAACCUUGGAGUUGCUGACUCACGGAAAGUAUCCAGCAGUUGUGCAUCGCAUUGCACCUGGCCGUGGCUCCGGUCGUGUCAGCCUGGCCUUUAAGCUCAGGUCUCCACCAGAAACAAAGCUGGUGCUUCAUGGUGAGCAUGACGAGUCUGCAGCAAUGACCACAGUUGGCGACUUCUUUGACAUGCAUGUUGACAAGCCUGGCUUGUCCAUCAACAGACCGAGCCCUAGCAGGCCACGCCAGGCAGAGAGGAUAGCUGCAAAAAAUGGAUAUCAUGCGCAGCUUGCGUGCCAUUCCCAGGUGAGAUCCCAAGUCAUUCCUCCCGACCUCCGGGUGGUUCCCCUGCCUGUCCUUCACUUGUGUGAUCUGAAAGCGUUUAUGACAUGCCGUGCAAUUUCUCGGGAGUGGCACGGCCACUGCAACUCGAGCGAGUUGUGCUGGGUCCGAUUCUGCUUCCAGAGGGGCUUCCCUUGGUUGCAAAAGCAGGUUGAUUGGCCAGCACAUUUCAGGGCUUGGCAACAGAGGAUGCAGAACUGGAAGUCUCAAAAGAAGAUCGAGGCAGUUGCGCUACCAGUUCCUUUUGGUUUAAUCACGAACCUGAGACCCCUCACGUCUGCCUGUCAAAGCCUGCGCUUCUCAGCGGCGGUGGAGAAGUGGAGUCUUUCAGGCCUUUCAGAAGUCUGCUUCUACCGGCCAGAAGAAGGUAAGAGGACAACUGAGCUCGAAUGCAUCGGCAUUUGGGAUGGUGUGUUGCUCCGGCGCUGCAACAGCAGGGGCAAACAGGAUGCGGAGGCAGAGUUUGGUCAACACAGUGGGACGAGAUGGGAUCCCUUUGUUGGAGAGCUCAACCUUGAUGAUCACAUCCUUGUCUACGUGAGACUGCGGGGUGACUGA